AUGAAACUCUGGCCAGUUGGGGUGUCAAUUUUAAAGUCGGAGUUAUUUCAGUUGCUAAAUGUGUUACGAGACGGUGAAAAAGUUCCAGCAGGGUAUUGCCAUUUUCCAGAGUAUGCACCUGAGUAUUUCAAACAACUGACAGCAGAACAAUUAAUUACCAAAGUAGUGAAAGGUUAUACCAAGCAGGAGUGGCAGAAAAUAAGAGACCGUAAUGAAGCACUUGAUUGCCGAAUUUACGCCAGAGCAGCUUCUAUAGCUUUAGGUAUUGACCGCUGGCAAGAUGAUAAGUGGAGUAGUUUAUGCAAUAAAGCUGAAGGUAAGAAGUCAGCAAAG